AUGUCCGACGACGAAGUGCCGCUUCUCCGUCCGCGCCCUCAACGAGCCUUCCGUGUCAACGACUCGUCUGAGUCGCCCACACCCGCAGAACCCUCGAAUCUAGGGACACUGACUCCCAGAGAACCCGGUUCGGCCGCCAUCAGUCGCAAUGGGUCUAUAAUGAACCUGACGUCGCCGACAUUAUACGGGAUCUACUCCCCCACAGCCUUUGAGGGAACUCGUGAUGAGGAUAGUGCCUGGGGAACAGAAGCAGACGUACAACCUCUGCACCCGGACAGUCCAGCGGCCCAACCUGGCUUGGGAAGAACAGAGUCUGCCGCUGUUCUUCGGACCCGGUCUCGCCUUAGCCACGGACUAUUCCGCGGUGUUAUCCUACCACAGACAAUCAAGGGUGUGCUACUAUUUGCUUUCGGCGUGGUUUACGGUAUCAUCACCAUCCACCUUCACGAAAACCACUGGAUCACUCCAGUGAAGCUGGAGUACACCCAUUUCUACGGGUCAUGGGAAUAUUUAGGGUUCUGGGGCCUGACUGGAGUGGCAAUCGGGAAUGCGCUUCCUCUGUUUGAUUCAUACUUGGACAGCGCCAGCGGUCGCACGGCGCAAGAAGAACAGCGCAAUGACCAAGAUGCUGCAGAACUUGCUCUUUCUUGGUCCGCGGUUGUUCGCAGCGUCGGAGCUUUUGUGGGGAUUGCGUUUGCGAUGCGCCGCACCCCUUGGGAGUCCACGACCCAAGCCUCUCUGACGCUGGCCCUUGCCAACCCCGUUCUGUGGUAUCUCAUCGACCGCACCAAGACCGGUUUCAUCUUGUCGACGACGCUCGCUAUCAGCGUAAUGGGACUUCUACUGGGUCUUAAGCCCGAUUUGAUUCCCUCAACAGAUUCGUCGGCUCCCGCUAUACCCUCUCUAAAUGGUACCGGAGCAGAAUCUGCACUGGAGGCAGGAAUCACACAGGAGAGCAUGGCGGUUCGGACAUGGGUUGCCAGUGUUCUCUUCUGCGCAUGCGUAUGCUUUGGAAACAUCGGCAGGCAGCUUGCCAUCGGAUCUGGGCGCGAAACGCUCAAGUCGUGA